AUGCGUGAUCAUAUGACGCAGGUGACGCGUAUAGACGUCAUGGCGGACAUACCAAGUGGUUACCCACAGCCAUGUUACGAAAUGCGAGAGGUGAAGGAAGUCCUGUUGGUGGAGCAUCUGGCAUGCGUCCUAAUGCGGAGCGGGCUCGCACGAUGCUACGACGCGCGGGACGGCAAACUGGUGUGCGAACUCAACCCAGUGGACCGCUCGACAGUGCACUUCGCAGCUGUGCAUACGAUGGUCCACAACCCCUCCAACGACACGCUCAUAAUAGCGUACUCAUCGCUCCCCGCCCACUUGCAGUGCAAGGUCGUGCUCCUUCAGUCGCUCAAAAUGGGCAAGUUGGAGUCAUACGCUACGAGCCACCAGUUUGAAUGCGUCGUUCUCCGGCACCCUGCAUUCUUCGAGUUCUGCGGCAUGAACAAACGCAUCGGAGCCGCUGACUUGUACAAACACGUGUAUAGGUUCUGGGAUAUGACUACCUACGAGCUGGUAUUCGAAAUACAGGGGAAUGGGUACCAGGAGAUGCGGGUGUCUGACGGCGUCGUGGUCAUGCUCAGCCAGCCCAGGCAAAACUUCAUCCCUCUCAGCCUGUACGACAUAGAGGACGGCAAAUUACUGGUAGAUCCCCAACUCCUCAACGCGAUAUGCAAGCAGGCAACUCGUGAAAUCGAGAUCGUACAGCACCGUGAACUUCAGUUUCUCGAACUACUAGUGACACAGCUGCUGAUAAAGCAACAAGGAGGUCCUAUUCGGGCCUACGACAUACUUCGCGGAGAAGGGUUCACAGUCAACGACACGAAUCACUUCCGUCCCAGCGGAUUCGUGUUCUACGAUGUAAGGCAAAGGGCCCCGGCCGAUGAAAACGACGCGCAGACGAACGAUUCAGUGGAUGCCAGCGAACCCACAGUGUUUCCGAGGCACAAGCUCGCCUACCGGCCACGCAAGUUCUUCACCAUAUCGCGCACCUGCAUAGAGUUUUGGGAGCUCACGAGAUACAGCCUCCGGCGAACGCGGCAGCUCUUUAUACAAGGCAUGGACAACCCAGACAUCUGCUGCCACUCACUCUGGGCCAACCUGCUGUUCGUUCGGGCGCACCAAGUGCAGCCCUUUGACGAGAACGGGUCAGACGAACCUCUGAUGGAACGUUUCCGACAGUCCACCAUCUACUUUCAGAAACCCUUGCUCAGGAACCGCAGCGACCGCGUCCACACGCCCACUAAGGCGGGGCCGGGAUGCUGCGAGGUGGACAUCUUCGCCGCUGACAUCGAUGUGUAUACUAAGCACAGUGUCCUCCUCUUCUCUCUCGACGGAUCGUCGUACUUCGGCAAAAUCGACCGUGAGGUCUGCGGCGCGCACCUUAGGUCCCUCGCCGUCUCCCAGGACCUCUCCGUGAUCGCUUGCGGAAACAACGCAGGUAUCGUCAGACUGGUGCGCAUGCCCAACCAGAUCCAAAAUUACCAUUGCCAAAACGAAGUGUCAUUGUGCGGAUGA